AUGACAACUGUUGUUCGUAUACUCGCAUAUAGCUAUACAACCGAUCACUAUGAUGAGUAUAUUAAAAUCGGCGAGAGUACUGCCAUUAAAUGCUUGGUAUUUUGUAAUGUUAUUGUUGCUGUGUAUGCAAAGGAGUAUAUGCACCCACCCAACGAAGCCGACAUAGCACGGUUGCUUGAAGAAGAGGAGCAGAGAGGAUUUCCGAGUAUGCUUGGUUUUAUCGACUGUAUGCACUGGGAGUGGAAGAAUUGUCCAGUGGAGUGGCACGACACAUAUAGGGGACGAUGGGACAAGAAUACUUUCAUAUUGGAAGCAGUUGUCUCACCAGAUUUGUGGAUCUGGCAUGAAUUCUUUGGAAUGCUGGGUUCACACAAUGAUAUAAAUGUGUUAGAUCAUUCCCCGGUAUUCAACGGUAUCGUUAAUGGCCAAUUACCUCCGGUUAAUUAUGUAGUGAAUGGACAUCACUAUAAAAUGGGAUAUUACCUAUCUGAUGGUAUAUACCCUAAGUGGGCAAUUUUGAUGCAGACCAUCCCGCAGCCAACCACUAUCAAGUGGGCAAUAAUGCAAGGACCGGUGUAUUACUCGGAGAAAGAUGACUUGCACCUCAUAAUGAAAACGUGCAUCAUCCUUCACAAUAUGAUCAUUGAAGAUGAGCGUCACGCAAAUGUUAAAAGAUGGACUCCGCCACCGGAGGAUGCAAUAUUGAUUCCCACUUUAAGUCGAUGCCCACGGUUUUAG